AUGCCUAAAACACUCAUUGUCCCCAGCUCCUCCCAAGGCAGCCAGCCAAUCCUCAAGCCUACUACCACCUUCACGGGCGAUGUUUAUCUCGACAUUUUCCAUAUGGAUGACACCACUGCUAUCAACAACGUGACCUUCACCCCCUAUGCGCGUACCUAUUGGCACACUCACGAAGAAGGGCAAUUUCUAAAGGCUCCCCCGGGAACAACCCACUGGCACGGCGCGGAUAAGGGUGGCACUAUGACCUAUUUUGUUGUCGCCUUAGGCAAGACGACCUGGCACGAUGCGGUGACGGAUGAGCAGUACGGGGUGAAGAAGGAUUAA